CUCAGGAGAGAGAGCUACUCAAUCUGCAUGACAACUUCUAGAAAGAAGUGGGAGCAGCAAGGGUCUCAACAGGGGGCUAAGACCAAAGGGUGAAGACAUGCAGGCUCCAGUCCCUGAGGGAGAGGAAGGAGGAAAUAGACAGCUCCCAGCUUUGAUGCUUGUAGGGAUUAUUGAAUUAGGGGCUCAAAGUCUGGCAGGAGGAAGCACCAGCAGCAACUGACUGGGCAGACUUCCCAGGAAGAUGCAGCCACUCCUGCUCCUGGUGGUCCUUCUCCUGCCGCCCAGGGCUAGGGCAGGGCAGAUCAUCGGAGGCCAAGAGGCCAGGCCCCAUUCCCACCCUUACAUGGCAUAUGUUCAGAUCCCAACUCCACGUCCGAAAACUUGUGGGGGGUUCCUGGUGCGAGAAGACUUUGUGAUGACAGCAGCUCACUGUUUGGGAAGCCAAAUAAGUGUCAUCCUGGGGGCCCACAACGUCAGUAGGUUGGAAAGGACUCAGCAGCGCAUACCGGUGCUCAGAGCCAUCCCCCACCCCAGGUACAAUCAGCAGAACAACCAGAAUGACAUCAUGUUACUGCAGCUGAGGAGCAGAGUCAGACGUAAUCGAGCUGUGAGGCCGGUGGCUCUGCCUCAGACCCAGAACAGGCUGAGUGCUGGGACCCUGUGCACCGUGGCCGGCUGGGGCCUUGUCGGCCUGGACAGGAGAACAGACACUCUCCAGGAUGUAUGGAUCAGAGUGCAGAGGGGUGAGGAGUGCAGUAGACUCUUCAUGUUCUACACUGACCGAACACAGAUUUGUGUGGGCGACCCAAGAGAGCGGAAAUCCGCCUUCCUGGGGGACUCCGGGGGCCCCCUUGUGUGUAACAACGUGGCCCAGGGCAUCGUCUCCUACGGAAAGAGGAUUGGGACUCCUCCAGCAGUCUUCACCAGGAUUUCCAGCUUCCUGCCCUGGAUACGGAGAACGAUGAGACGCUUCAAAGAGUGGGGGCUGGAGUGACACGCCCUGUCACUGACUCCCCUUCUCUGGGGCAGAGCCCAGAUCCAGGGCGGUUCCCAGAGCCUUAAUAAACAUCCACAUCUAGAGUGGAAAUAACCGAUUUCUCAUUUGUUCAUUAAACAUG